AUGUCUCGUAAGCGCUCUACGGCAUCGCCAAUGCCGCCAGCGACCAGCACCGGCCUCGAGCUGGCUCUCGCCGCGCCUCUCGCAUCCUCAUCUCACCAACUCACGGUCCCGGCCUCGGCGCUCCCGACAAAGCCCAACAAGGCGACCCAGCGGGCUGUCCCUGCGUUCUUGAACAAGCUGUACAGCAUGGUAUCGGACCCAGAGACGGACGACCUGAUCCGAUGGAGCGAGGACGGCGACUCGUUCUUUGUCCCCUCUGCCGACCGGUUCGGACGCGAGUUGCUGCCCCGCUUCUUCAAGCAUUCGAACUUCGGGUCCUUUGUGCGGCAGCUGAACAUGUACGGGUUCCACAAGGUCCCGCACAUCCAACAAGGUGUGCUGAAGAAGGACAGCAACGAGGAGGCGGACAUGCUCGAAUUCUCCAAUCCACAUUUUAUCCGCGGCCAACCCGACUUGCUCAACAUGAUCAAGCGCCAGAAAGCCGGCAAGGCGGACGCAGCCGCCGCCCUCGCAGGUGAAGGCUCAAACUCGGCGCUCGACAUCCCCACACUCCUGACCGACCUCGCUGCAAUCCGGAAACACCAAACCGCCAUCAGCGCCGACUUGAAGGACUUGCAGGCGCGCAAUCAUGCGUUGUGGCAGGAGGCGCUUACGAGUCGCGAGAAGCACAAGAAGCAGGAGGAGACGAUCAACAAGAUCUUGCGAUUCCUGGCGGGCGUCUUUGGCGGUCAAGUGUUGGAUGCGGGACAGGGAACGGCGGUGGGUGCGGUUGGGAACGGAGGCACAAGCGGAGGGACGGUCGGAGCGAGCGCCUCGCCUGGGCGAAGUACGGAUGUCAACGCGAACGGGGUCGUCCUGAUGCCGAAGAGCAGGCUGCUGUUGAUGGACGUCAAGGAGCGACAACAAGAGCGCGCGGCGGCGCUCAAGGAGUUGGACGGAGACGAGGACGACGAGAUUGAGGAGAUUCCGCUGCUCAAGACGACGGAGGACGACGACGACUUGCCGACCAUCUCCAGCUCGCUCAUAGCUUCAGCCCCAACAGCGAACAUGGGAACCCUCUCUCGCGCCUCUUCUUCCGCCACGCCCUUUUCGCAUAAGAACCGCUUCGCCGCCAUCCCUUCUCCCUCUCCCGCUCCUUCAGCGACGCCAGGCGCCAGCUCGUCCCUCAUCGAUCCAGCACAAUAUAACCUCUCCCCCGAAGCGCUCAAUGCGUUGCUCGCAGCUGCCGGCAACAACCCCGACGCGCUGUCGAGCUUCCUCACCUCGGAUCGGAGUCCUGCGGCUUCGGCGGCUUCGACUUCGCUCGCCCUCGCUGCGCCAACUUCGAACCCGUUCGCCAUGCUCAGCUCGGCAACACCCACUCCUUCCUCUUCCCCCUCUUCCUCCCUUCUCCCCUUCGCGCCGACAGCCACCUCCAACCCUCUCGACCUUCCUCUCGCAUCUACCUCUACCGCACCCACCCUCUCGCCCUCGUUCGCCUCCGCCUUUGCCGAAAACAACGACGCGCUCACGUCCGUCCUGAGCGAGAAGGCCAACAUUGACCAGCGCACAGCGGCGCUCGAGUCGCAGAUCUCGAAGCUGUUGCAGCACUUGCCCGAGGACGCGAGGGAGCAGGUCGAGUCGGACUUGCCAUUGCCGGAGGGGUCGGACCCGAAUGACUGGGCGGGCGUCAACUGGUCGAGCUAUGUGGGAGAGGGCGGAGCGGUCGACUUUGACAAGAUGCUGGCGCAGUUAAGCGAGAUGUCUGGCGGUGCCUCGCCUUCCGCCUCAACCUCUGCACUUCCCGCCAUCGACUACGCAGACUACCUCAAUCCCGACGCAGCUGUCACAUCCGGCGCAAUCGACCCCGCGCUCUACGCCGAAACGUUCCCCUCCACCUCGACUUCGACUGCGACAUCCACCCUCUCUGCCCUUCCCUUCCAGCUGCCCUUCUCUAUCACAUCGCCUGCCGGAACCGGAUCAGACCAGAUGGGCUCGCCCGCGUCGACCGUCACGCCCGAGAGCGCGAGUGCGGCCAGUACGCCUGCAGCGGAUGGAGCAGCAGCAGGUCGCGGUGGCGCCUCUUCUCGCGGCAAGAAGCGGAAGAGCGAUGCGCUCGGGGCGCAGUCGCCUGCCGCCAGCGAAGGAGGGGCGGCGAGUCCUGAAGAAGCUGCAGCGGGAACGAGGAAGAGCGUAAGGCGGAGGAAAGCUUGA